UUUAAAUCUAAGCCGUAUCUCUACUAAAUAUAGGUUAUUGAUUUUAAGAUCCCCCAGGGAUCAAAGCUACAAUAAUAGUAUAAUGAAAAGGAACGUCACAUAUAAUUUUAUAUUGAUAUUUAUGAUACUUCAAUGUGUUGAAUCACAAGAUAAAAAUCCUGACCAACCAGCUGAUGAUGAGGAAGAUGAAGAAGAAAAUGUUGAAAUUUUAGAUCUAGAUAAAAGCGUUCAGGAACGAGUUGAUCAAUUUGAUGAUCCUGGAUACCAACCAAAUUAUCAUCAAUUACCAGAAUCUCAAUAUCCAACCCAACCACAAGCUCAACCCCAACAAUAUUAUCAGUAUCAACCUGGAUUUUUACAAUAUCAACCUGAACCAACAUAUUAUCAACCUCAACCAUUAGAUUAUCAGCCAUAUGGUCAAUAUCAACCACAGCAAUUUCAGACACCUCAAGUUCAGGGUCAAACUCAGCCAUAUGGUCAACAUCACUAUUACUGGCAUCCACAAACACCAGUAACUCAACCUGAACAAUAUUAUUUAAAUCCACUACCUCAACCCAUUCGCCCAAGUUAUAUAUAUUAUGUACCACCAUCUACUCAGCCUCAACCUCAACAAAUAGUUCAGCCACAAACUGUGGAAGAGUAUGAUAAUUUCUAUAUGACAGAGCAUGAUCAACCAAUACAGGAACCUGAAACUGUACCUAAACCUGUACCUGGAGCUAUACCUAAACCUGGAGCUGGAGCUGGUAGAGAAAGUACUCAAAAGUCAAUUAAGCCAUCAAAACAACGACCAACCCAACCAAGAAAAAGAAAAAGAACUCGAACUAUAAUUGGAGAUCAGAGUGAGAAAAAAGAUGGUGAAGAACUUGUUAAAGUACAAACCCUUAGUCGACCUAAAAAAUCUGCACAUGUCAAAUUAUUCAAAAAGGAUUCUGAGGGAAAUGUGAAACAAAUGACUGAAGAAGACUAUGUUAUUAUAUGUGGUAGUUCAAAUAAAACAGAAUUUAUGUUUAUUGUGAAUCUUGAGGAACUAGAAUACAAGGGUGAAAUAAUCUACGUACAUACAAGCGGAACUCCAUACUGUUCAUCAUUAACUUAUAGUAAAAAAACUAAGAUUGUUGUCAUGACAUUCAGUGACGUAUUCGUGUUAGUUAAAAAAACCAAAGGGGUAUGGAAAACAACUGAAGAACCAAUUCCGGAUGAUAUUAAAAUGUUCACAAAAGAUGAGUAUGACAAGCUAAUGUAUUUGACCAAAGAACAUUAUAAAGUUACUUUAACUUCACAUGCAUCCUUUAGAUACGAAUUACACCCAGGUGUAAAAUGCUAUAAAAUAGUAGUUAAAUGGCUAACUGCAUGGGAAAAAACUGAUAAUGAUGCAGAAUUUCCUAUAGUGAUUUAUGUUACUAAUAAAUUAAGUCUUAUAAUCAAUUUUGACAGCUACACUAAAAUGUUCGAAAGAAGACCUCAUAGAUAUAGAAUGCUAUAUAAUAAAAAAACUUUGGGAAGACGUAAAUACAAAUAAAUUAAUUUUAACACAUACAAUAUAAUGUUAUUGUAU